AGGGAGAACAGAAAGCCAGUCUGUGCGGGCAGACAGACCCGAGAGGAAGAAGCAGAGAAGGGACUCCUGCACGCCGCGAGCGGAGUCGCGCGCAUCUCCCUUCGCACCUCCAGCCACAGCCGGCGCAUCCUCUCUUCCCGGGCUCCAGCGGGUUAAGCGCGGGGGACUUCCCGCAGUUAGGGGAAAGAAAUCAAGAGACUUCGUAGGGCUUCUCCUACAAGCGAGGGGGGCAGAUCCCACGGCCGCCCGUCCGCGAGUCUCAGACAAACAGGCUUUAAGUUUUCCGCGCCGUCGCCGUGCCAUGGAAAGGAUCACCAGCGCCCAGCCGCCCCCCGCCUGCCUGGGCAAAGUGCCGGGACUGGAGCCCAGCGAGAUGGCAGGGAUGGAUUUUUCCCACAUUUACCAAGUGUACAAACCGAGGAGGGGAUUAAAGAGGAGUGAGGAUAACAAGGAGACCUAUAAAUUGCCGCACCGACUGAUAGAGAAGAAAAGACGUGAUCGGAUUAAUGAGUGCAUCGCCCAGCUGAAAGAUCUCUUACCCGAACAUCUCAAACUUACUACCUUGGGUCACUUGGAGAAGGCCGUGGUGCUGGAGCUUACCUUGAAGCAUGUGAAAGCACUCACCAACCUGAUUGACCAACAACAACAGAAGAUUAUGGCUCUUCAGAGUGGCUUACAAGCAGGUGAGCUAUCCUCAAGAAACCUCGAUGCCAGCCAGGAGAUGUUCUGCUCUGGUUUCCAAACGUGUGCCAGGGAGGUACUGCAGUACCUGGCAAAGCAUGAAAGUAGUCGGGAUCUGAAAUCUUCCCAACUGGUCAGUCACCUCCACCGCAUGGUCUCUGAGGUCCUGCAGGGUGGAGCUGUCUACAAGCCUAGUGAUCCCACCCCCAAAAUGAUGGACUUCAAAGAGAAGCCCAGCUCCCUGACCAAAGCCACCGAAGGGCAUGGGAAAAACUGUGUCCCGGUCAUCCAAAGGACUUUUGCCCAUUCGAGUGGCGAGCAGAGUGGAAGUGAUACAGACACUGACAGUGGUUAUGGAGGGGAGUUGGAGAAAAGUGACUCUAAAGCCGACCAGCAGUAUUUUAAAAAUGAUAACGAACAUAAAUAUCCCCUGGCAGAAAGAGUAAGCGCCAUUAAGCAAGAGUCUGAAGACCCUCCUGCAAAAAAGAGCAGACUGGAAAUGCCUGAUCGGGAGAGCCAUUUUAGCAGCGAGCUGAUUGGGUCUUCCUUUCUAGGGCCUCACCCUCACCAGCCUCCUUUCUGCCUGCCUUUUUAUUUGAUCCCACCUUCAGCAACAGCCUAUCUGCCCAUGUUGGAGAAAUGCUGGUAUCCCACCUCUGUCCCAGUAUUGUACCCUGGGCUCCCUGCUUCAGCCGCAGCUCUCACUGGCUUCAUGAACCCAGAGAAGAUCCCUCCUCCUUUGCUGAUGCCCCAAAGACUCCCUUCUCCAUUGCCCUCCCAUUCGUCCAUCGACUCUUCAGCUCUGCUCCAGGCUCUGAAGCAGAUUCCACCUUUAAACUUGGAAACCAAAGACUAAAUACCCAGAGUGGCCCUGCCCUCUUUUAUUUCUGCCCCUUAAAAGAAAAAAAAAAAAGUCUAGUGAGACUGAGUUUGUAUAUCCAGAUAAAUGAUGGAUGUGUGGAGGUUAGACCUCUGUGUGUGUGUGUGUGUG